AUGAAUUCUGGAGAUUACAACUCCAUAAAUCUUGAUGAAGUUGAAUUCGUCAUCGACGAAACACAAAGUGAUCCAUUCCAGGAUCAUAGUUCAUAUGUAGAGUUUGAAGACAUUUCAACCGAUUUCGGUAAUCCGGAAGGAGGUUUUGCUAGUAGAGAGGACAUGGAUGCUCAUGUAAGAUAUGUUGCUGGCUUGAGGAACGUUACUUUGGCAAUUCGUGAUUCGAAGGAAAAAGACGGCCGACGGCCCAAAGUUCGAUAUUUAUGUAGCCAAGGUGGCGGAUACAGACCAAAAAAGGUUACUGGAACUAGGUCCACUAAAACGACAAAAAAUAAUUGUCCAUUUUGGUUGGACGGAAUGGAGUACCCUGGAGGGCGCUGGUACUUUGAAGUCCGGGAGGGGAGACACAACCAUCCAUUCCCGUCUCAUGCUGUGGGAUCUCGUUUAGGUAAAAUAUCCCCUAUUCAACUUGAAGUUAUUAGGGAGCAAGAGAAUUUUAAUUUAAGCCCGAGUAAUAUGUUGGCGUCCAUGAAAAGGGCUGAUCCGGAGAACAAAUCGUGUCAGAAACAAGUUUACAAUGCUGUCAAUGACUCAAUAAGGCAAUUGAACUACAUGUACGACGUUCGGACUGCUGAUGAAUCUUCCGAACUUGGAGAUAUUGUUUUCUGCCACCCGGCUUCUUUUGUGAUGGUGAAUGCAUAUCCGGAAGUCAUGAUGAUUGAUUGUACAUACAACACCAAUGAGUAUGACAUACCUCUACUAGAAGUGGUCGGUGCAACAAGUACGGACAAAACGUUCACUAUCGCCUACGCAUUCAUGCGAAAUGAGAGACAAGAAAACUACAGGUUUGUGUUACAGUUUAUCCGUACUUUGUUCGUUAGCCAAGUGACACCUAAUGUCAUUGUAACAGACCGAGAUUACGCCUUGAUGCAUGCUGUCGAGUAUGUUUUCCCGGAAUCCAGGCAUCAUUUGUGUCGCCGUCACAUUGAGCAAUGCGUGCUACAACGAGCACUGCAGCAACCUGGUUUUUUAAAAGAGGCGGCAGAAGGAUUUAAAUUUCGUUGGAAUUGGGCGAUAAGUGCACCGACCAUAGAUGACUUUAAUGAUAGAUGGGGACGUCUGGCAGCACAUUACUCGAGUUGGGGAGCAUUGCUGAACUACUGCAUUGACACAUGGAUUAGUCCGCAUUCCCAAAAAAUCCUGUCAGCUUACAUCGACCAUUAUUUUCACUUCGGAAGCUACACAACAAAUAGGGUCGAAGGAGAACAUCAUCGCGUCAAACGACAUUUAGAUGGUGGUCGGUACCCAUUCGAUACCGUACUGGAGAAACUUCACAAGGUGAUGGAAGGCCAAAUCUGUGAGAUUAAGAAAGUAGCGAGAGUUAACGCUACUAAAUCCAACACAGACACCCUUGGAGAUACGUUGUUUGUUAAUCUGAACAGAUCAAUCACGUUUAAAGCAUUCGGCCUCAUAAGGAAAGAAAUGCAAGUUUUACAAGAAAUGGGUCAGGAUCCAACAACGUGUGGUUGCUACCUAAGGAGAACUCAUGGUCUACCGUGCGCACAUGAGCUUCAGUACUACAUCAUAAAUGGGUAUAGCAUUCCGUUGGAUCAAAUACAUGAUUAUUGGAAAAAGUUAGAUAUUCAGUUUCCAAUAUUUCCUAAUGAUGCCGCGGAUGGAUCCCCGACUCCACCAAAUCCAGUGAGGAGGGCGUUGUUCGAAGAAGUCCCUGAUAUUACUGCACCUCCUACUGCUAAAAAGAAAACCAAGGGUAAAAAGCUCUCUAGUCUCCGUGUACCUUCGGCGUGGGAGAGGGUUGUGAAACAGUACGGAUUUAAAAAGUCUCCAAACAAAAAGGUAAUACUACAUAACUUAUGA